UUUAAUUUCAUUUCGUUGAAAAAUUACAAAAACCUAAUUAAGAAGAGAGGCGGCCUUGCAGAGAAUAAGCAUCUGAAUCAAGAAAAGGAGAGAACCCUACUUUUAGCACUGAAAAAGGAGAGUUCAAUUUUCAGACAAGGCCAUGGCAGAUGAAUUUCAGCUAGGAAGUGGAGGAAAUUGGUGGGAUACAUCAAGAAAAUUUGAAACUGGAUCAUCAGCACAAAAAUCUACUACUUUAAAUAGCGUAGCAAGCUAUGGAUGGACGAACGAAAUGGUGGAUGACAAACCAAGAACUUCCAUGGAUACCGGGACAGUUCCCGGUAGCUCCAUGGUGUUGCAAGGGCACGAUCAAUCUUCCGGUGGCGGCUUAUUAGUCGACACCAAUAUGCAUAUGAUGGCUUUAGGCCUUUCUUCUCAAGCCAUGGAUUGGAACCAGUCCAUAUUCCAUGGAGGUGAAAAAGCGGAUAGCAGUUUUCGUUCUAUGCUUCAAGAAGAUUUGAGUAAUUCAAAUAGCAAUUUUCAGCAAGAAACUGGGACAGCAUCUUCUCAAGAUCAUUGGAGGGAGAAAAUAUAUUCUGCAAGUUCUGAGGAUUCUCAUGUGAAUGAAUAUAAGCAAACCAGUUUUCCGGUAGAUUCCGCUGCCGCCUACGGCCUUCUACUAUCUGAAAAUCAGCCACAGCAUUCGACAUACGAAAACCGGCCCAUGAAUUUCCCUUAUCCGACGAACUACGGAACGAACUCAGGAGAAUGGACGCCUUCUUGGAACAGAUUUCCUCAGACAUUCUUAAGAACAACAGUACCUCCAAAACAGCCUUCUGCUAAUGUACAUUUCACCAAUAAAACUCCCUUCUGGAAUGCUCCAGGAGCCGAUGAUGUACGACCAAACUUCUUUUCCUCGUUGCCAACGCCACUUCCUACGCCGGCCUUGGAUGAAAAACCGAAGAAUACAUCAGAAGUUCGGGAUUUGAGUACAACAGCAAAGAAAACUAGCACUCAAGCAUCAAAUAAAAGACUCCGGAAUGAAACGCCAACACCUUUGCCAGCUUUUAAGGUGAGAAAAGAGAAGAUGGGAGACAGAAUCACUGCACUUCAACAAUUAGUUUCACCUUUUGGAAAGACUGAUACGGCUUCCGUGCUUUCUGAAGCUAUCGAUUACAUAAAAUCGCUACAUGAACGAAUCGGCACUUUAAGUGCCCCAUACAUGAAAAGUGUUGCUCCAAUACAACCCCAGCAGAAUUCUGAUAAAUCUAAGGUUCCUGAUCAAGGACCGCGACAAGAUCUUAGAAGCCGAGGGCUAUGUUUAGUACCGGUUUCAUGCACUUAUCCUUUCACUCAUGAUACAGCGGUCGAUUUUUGGACCCCGGCAUUUUCGGGACCUUUCAGAUAAGAUGAGAAUCACAAGAAGGCAACAUUAACACCCAGGAAUGGAACCUAAUUUUAUGCAGCAACUGGCUUAUUUGAAACCCUAGCUAGCAAAGAAUAGGAAAAGAUAGGAAAACUAUGGACCUCCUGACUUUGUACCAAAAAAAAAAAAGGCUAAGAAAUGCGCAAGGAUAAAGGAAAAAACCCCAUUAGAAGAUAGAAGAGUGUUGGGCCAGCUUAGCUACAGGCAAAAUGAUGCUGCUUUGGCUACAAUUAGAAUUAGGCACCAUUAAUGUAUGCAAAUAUGGUCUUUUAAUAAUUGAAGAAUUAUUAUUAAUGUUUGGUGAGCUAGGAUUAGAUUAGAAAUCAUUAAUUUGUUGUUUGUAACUGAAUUUAAUUAGCAGAAAGGAAAAGGGUAAAGGAGCUUUUGUUGCAGGCCUGUGUCUUUUGAAAUAUUGCAUAAAGCUGGCAAUUAACUUUAGUUUAAAAGAAAAUGAAAGGAAUAAUUGAAUUCCAGAACA